CGAAAUCUGAUCGUCCAUGCUUCAAAGGAACAGGCAGCAGUGCCGCUUCUGUUCUCUCGGUGUAUAGUUGCGAAGUUCUGAGGAAAUUGCGGCAACCAGACUGCGUUCUUUUUUUAUUGUUAAAGUUGCUAUUAUUGCAUGCUUCUUAACUUGUUUCGAAGGUUAAUUAGGAGAAUGACUGUGGAAAUCGAUAAAGAAGAAUUAAAAAAACGUUUGACACCGCUACAGUGGCACGUCACGCAGGAAAAGGGUACAGAGAGGCCUUUUUCUGGCUGCUACAAUAAAUUCUAUGAGAAAGGCACGUACACCUGCAUAAUCUGUGAUCAAGAAUUAUUUUCUUCUGACACAAAGUACGAUAGUGGUUGUGGUUGGCCUGCAUUCAAUGAAGUAUUAGAACAGGGACGAGUCAAGUUAACCAAAGAUACUUCACAUGUUGGUGGAAAUCUACUACUGCUGAUCGCAAACCCAGAUAUGGUGCGGACCGAGGUGACCUGUUCAAAGUGUGGUGCACAUUUGGGACAUGUAUUUAAUGACGGGCCAAAACCUACGAGGAAGCGAUUUUGUAUCAACUCGGCAUCCAUAAACUUUCAUUCAGCAGGAGAAGAGAAAAAGAUGACAUCAUAAAACUAAGGAGGGCAUAAGUUUUUAAUAAAAUUUUUGAAAAUGUUUAAAAUAUCUAACUUAUCUUAUCAACAAGAAGAAUUUAUAUUUCUUAAUAAAAUAUGACUCUAUUUGAUAUUUUGUAAUUUGCUGUUAUUAUUUUGUUACUCUUCGGAAUUGUAAAGUUCCUUUAAUGACAAAGGCAAUCAUGUUAUUAAAAAACAAUAAAUAUUUUUAUGUUAAAUCUUGGCAUACAUAUUCCAUAGUUGCUAUGAAUAUAUGUCUUGUCUACGCGUCGUAAACUCUGAGAUUAAUAACAUUUAUUAGAAAGCGUAGAUUGUAAUACACAGAUGUACGUCCAUAGCGACAAAGCUGUUAAUGGGAUACUAGUGAAUAAUAGUGAAUAUCUGCAUUAUUAUAAUCUUAGAAUAAAUUCGAUUCUGUACAUACACUCUAAAUGACUGUAAAAUAAUACAUUUAGUGUGUAUAAAAUAUGAAAAAUUAAUGUAAAACACUUAUCAACUAACUUAUAAAAACAUUCUAUUAUUUUUUCAUGUCACGCAUUUCAUGAACAGAACGUGUAAAUAAUAAGUACUAUUUAUUUGUCUGAAUAUAUAUAUAUAUACUA